UCUGAAUUCACAAGUCAGGACGCUCCAAAAUCAAAAUAGCCAGCUAGAUUUUAUAUUCUUUGCUUUCUUUCCUGUUUUAUAAUAUAAUAGCAGCAUUAUAAUAGACUUUUAGUCCAUCAAGUUUUUUUUAAACAAACAACGAUUGUAUGUACGCUGUGGUGAGACUUGUUGUACCACUCAUUUCGUUAGUUAGUUAGCUAGCAUCUUGCUAGCAUGUUAUGUUUUGGUUUCUAGCUUGUAAACUUGCUAGCUCCGCUGUAUUCGACUAAAUAAAAAGCGAGUUAUUUCAUACAUGGCUGGCUUAGUUUGUGGCCGGGUUUGGCCAGUUUAAACGAACUAGGCGAGUUGUUAAUAAUAGAGAAUUUACUAAUAAAUGUUUUAUUUAGCCAGCAGUUACAUGAGACAUGGAGCGUCACUCUGGAAGCAGCAGCAGCAGCAGUCAGUUUAAAAGAGACAGAGACUUCUCUGAGGAUCUGUUCACUCAGAAACGCUUCCGAGCGGGAGAAGAGGCGCCAGUCCCGCGCUUCCUGAGUACCCGAGCCCAGCUGUAUGAACGCGUCUUCCCUCAGUACAGACAGCCCGUGGAAGUCGGAGCGUUUUCUCUGGACUCACAAAGAGCCUUCUUUAACGACUCCAGGCAGCUGCGCUACUUCGUGGACCCGGGGAACAAACCCAAGUUCAACCUGCGCGAUGGUUACAGAGACCGCUUCGUUAAAAGAGAUGACGGUGUCAAAGAGAGACUCGACCAUAUAUUACGCUGGAUUGUUGCGAAUAGAACCAAACUGCGUUCCACACACACGUCUACAUCCUCCUGUACACUAGGUGUAGACUUUGUCACUUGGAGAGGCCACUUAACGAAGCUGUUAACUACUCCGUAUGAGACACAGGAGGGAUGGUUGUUGGCCGUGUCCAAGUUCAGAGGCACACUUUACAUGAGCGAAGUGGAGACGGAGGCUGCCCGAAUUAACAGAGAGAAUCGUACAGAGAGGCAUGAGGAGAUGAUGUACUGGGGCUACAAGUUUGAGCAGUACAUCUGUGCAGAUGAUGCGCAUGGCGUCCCAGAUCGAGGAGGGGUUGUCAACACAAACGAGGCUUUCUGCACAGUAGUCCAAACUCGCUUAGCAGACCACAAGCUACUCUUCUCUGGUGAGGUGGACUGCCGAGAUAAGGACCCCAGAGCUCCUCCAGCUCCGGCCUGCUACGUUGAGCUGAAGACCUCAGCUGAAAUCUGCACCCCGAAACAGCGCAGUAACUUUUACAGAUACAAGCUGCUGAAAUGGUGGGCGCAGUCUUUUCUUCCUGGAGUUCCACGUGUAGUUGCUGGAUUUCGAGACCAUGACGGUGUAGUGGUGUCUGUGGAGACGUUCCCCAUCUCAAAAAUAUCCCAACUGAUUAAGAAUGAGCAGAACUGCUGGAAGCCGACAGUCUGCAUGAACUUCUGUAGCGAUUUCCUGUCCUUUGUGAAAUCGGUUGUAAAAGAAGAUAAUCCAAGGUUGGUGUACCUGUUUGCAUGGGAUCCACAUAGAGACGUGACCUAUACAGUUCAAAGAGACUCCCAGUAUACAUUCCUUCCGGAUUGGUACAUCAAAGAAAUAGCGAGCCAAUGUCUGUAACCCCAACAUUUAACUCAAUAGUCCAUCAAUCAUUCAAGACCUUAUUUUUGUUUAAACUUCUCUUCUUUAGUUUAGUACAUGUAGCUAUAACAUACAAGGGAAGAUUAUAAGCACUGAAGUACCAGUGCAGCACUUAAGUUAUAAACAUACACUCUAUGGCCAAAAUUAUGUGGACAUCUGACCAUCUUUCACACACGUGCGCCCAUUUCACAAACAUACUUAUAUAUCAGCCUACACUAGAUUUUGGAACAUGGCUCUGGGGAUUUGUGCCCAUUCAUGUACAAAAGCAUUAGUGAGGUCAGGUACUGAUGCACCAAAAUAAGAGGUCCAGGUGUCCAUUCAGCAUUGCAGUUCAUCCCAGAGGUGUUUUGUUAAUUUCAGGGAUCUGUGGAGGCCACUUCAGUGCUUCCACAUCAACCCCGGCAAACCUUGACUUUAUAGAGCUUGCUUUGUCCACAUGGGUAAUGUCAUGAUGAAACUGGUCUGAGACUUUAAGCUAGGGUGAAAGGAAUUCUUAAUGCUGUAGCAUACAAAGAAAGUCCAGACAAACAUAUUACAUAAAAACCACCCACAUAUGUUUGUGAAGGUUGUGUCCACAUACUUUUGGUCACAAUGGUACCUGUAUACCUCAUGCACACACAAUCUAUGUGAUAUGGGUUCAUAAGGUAACAAUUUGAUCAUAUUAACAUCAUAUAGAAAGUCAGUUUAAAUCAGGUACACAAGUUAAAAAUCUCAUCAGAUUAUUACACUCCCAUCCUUUUACUGAUUUUAUGUACAGAAUUAAGCAUUAAAGCUGCUUGUGUGUUUUGUGUAUAAGACUAUUUUUAAUCCCCUUUUAGGGUCUGAUGCAUCUGGCUUUGCUAAAAUGUUUAUUGCUUUAUGCUGUACUUUUAAAGGUGUGAUAGCGUAUUCAUUGUUGUUUGAGAUUUCUCAUAAGCUGUCAUGAAAUUCACAUUAAAUCUUAGUCACUUGUGGAAACAUCCAAGAAAACAAAGCAAUAAACACUUAAAAUACCUAAAAAAAAAAAAAA